AUGGCUUCCGGUUCCAGUAGUAGUUCCAAGUCUGAGCAGCAACAUUUAGAAAAAUUAGAAGCUGCUCAGCAAAUGCUAAAUGAUGAUGAUGAUGACUACUCCAGCAAGCAAAUGAAGCACAUAGCUUUGGUGGUUAUAGGCAUAGUUGUGGUUAUGAGCAAACCAAUGGGCAUGAUUUGGGCAGUUGUGAAACCAAAACGACCCGUUUAUGCUAUCGAAUAUGGUUUGAUUUCAAAUGCGACAGUCCCAGGCAGCCUGGAAUCUCUCAUAGGCAACUUCAGGUUUGCGAUGAGGUCCUAUAAUCCAAACACCAAGACCACCAUAUACUAUGAUUCAACGAAGAUUUUAAGCCGUAACAGUAGCAACAAUGUGACUCGAAUUUCUUUCUUACGUUUUGCAAAAGUCGAGAAGAAACCUGGUUAUGAUGAUAUAUUUCAGUACCUACAACACGGGAAUGUGUCAUCAAACAUUUCGGUCCGGGCUGAGAUAAGGUAUGGGAUAGCAAACUGGAAGUCUUCGCCUCUACGUAUUGGGAUUUAUUGUCAACCUGCAAAUGUAAUGCUGGAACGGAAUUUUCAGCCGGCUGAUUUUUACGUAGACCUUUUACUUGUCUGA